CGAUGGCAUUGUAUUCCAGCCGUGGGACUCGGUUGACUAUAUCCCAAUAAAGCAACUGACAUUCAGGCUUUGCUGCUAAUCCUCACCUUUACCAAGAUUCGGCCAGAAGUCGCCCCCGGUUUCAGGGUCUAUCAUUGUCUCAAGCUCCGAAUUCAUGACCAACAGACGCAAAGCUUGAAGCUGGCGUGCAGAAGCCUGCUGUUCCCGGUUCUGGGAAAGCUUAUCCUCGAUCCACGUCCCCGACCAGAAGUAUAAAGAGACAAUGAAGCAUCGACUCAUACCAAGCACAUAUUCGGAAGCACCGGCCACCAUGGCUCCACCUUCUAAACGAAUGUCCGAGACGAUCCAUCCCUACCUCGAAGAUGUCAAACAUAUCACCGACCACGACGCCAAACCCUCGCAGAUUCAGAUCGAGAACUUUAUCGGCUAUACGCGGGUUCCGGUCGGCCUCGCGGGGCCCCUGAACAUUCGCACCCCCGAUGGUGAAAUCUUCAAAAUAUGUGCGCCCAUGGCCACAACAGAAGCGGCUCUGAUCGCCAGUUGCAGUCGAGGCUGCAAAGCGUUGAACGCCAGUGGCGGGGUGGAGUAUAUUCUCGGCAGGGAAGGCAUGUCGCGGGGUCCCGCGUUCCUGUUCGCGAAUCCCCGAGAAGCGCAGGAUUUCAUCGGUAUUCUCUCCUACGUGGAGAACACCCUCAGCGAAGUGGCCGAGUCGACCAGUAACCACCUGAAGCUGGUGAGUAUCACGCCGCACCUGAUCGGGUGCUACGCCCAUGUGGUGUUCAAUUACACCUGCGGAGAUGCCGCGGGCCAGAACAUGGUCAGCAUCGCCACCCAGCGGUGCUGUGUCUGGCUGAUGGAGACGUAUGCGGCGCAGUACAAGAUCAAGCGCUUCUACGUCGACGGGCAGAUGAGCUCGGAGAAGAAGCCCUCGUGGGGCAACGUGGUAACCCCGCGCGGCGUCGAGGUCACGGCGUGGGCGUGCCUGCCGGACGAAACUUGCCAGGAGGCUCUUGGCUGCUCCGCGUCCGACCUGCAUGACGUGCUGCAUAUGGCGCGAGACGGAUGCAUCCGUAAUGGAAUCCACGGAAGCAACCUUGACGCCGUCAACGUGUUGACCAGCGUGUUCAUCGCCACCGGCCAGGACGCCGCGAGUGUCGCGGAUGCCUCGUGGAGCCACGGCAGCUCGUUCUACGACCGAGCCAGGAACAGCAUCACCAUCAGCAUGUACUUUCCCUCCAUCCCCGUGGGUGUCGUCGGUGGGGGCACGGUAUACGACACGCAGCGUGAAGCUCUAGAGAUCAUGCAGUGUGCCGGACCAGAGAAGAAGAGACAGUUCGCCGGAUUUCUCGCCUGUUUCGCGUUGGGACUGGAGCUCAGCACUGCUGCGUCAGUUGUCACAGACACAUUCGCGCACGCCCAUCUGAAGUUGCGGAAGGGUGAGUCGGCCAAGCUGUGAUAUGGUGCGGAAUA